AUGGGCAUACCGCGCUUGACACAAUGGCUUCGCAGCACCUUCCCGGAUGCAUUUGCGCUGGAGGCAGAUCUCCAAGCCGAGCAUGUGUAUCUGGACGUGAAUUGCAUCCUCCACGAAGCUUUGGGCGCCUUGGGGGGGUCCGCACCAGAGGACACUUUCCUUCGCCACGUCUUUCAGCGGCUCGACCUCAUCUUGGCGCAGUGUCCUGGCUCCGAGAUGUGUCGCGAGGCCCGAGGCCGCGAGGUGAGGGCGCGAGGCCGCGAGGUGAGGGCGCGAGAGCUCGAGGCCGCAAGGUUGGACCACCUCCUGCCAAAGCUCUUCGCGGAGCAGAACGAGGACCAGGCGCUACGUCUAGGCCAUCUAGCUCUGAUCUCUGACGAGCCAGACAACGCUGAGAAGCUGGCCCACAACAAAAGGUGCAAGAAUGUGCUGGAUGUAUGUUGGCAAGUCAUAGGCAGCGACAUCCUCACCUCACAUGACGACUCGAUCAGCAUCCUCGUGAACUUGCUGGUGCCAUCCGCAACCCGGUCGGAGGUUUUCCGGGGCCUCGCCGAGUUUGCAAGGGAGAAGGGCAGCAUCGAGAUGCUGUUGAAGCAUGUGGACAUGCCAGCCCUCGGACACCACUUGGUCAAGGCAGUCAGCCGAUGUGGGAAUGUGGAAGAGCGGGAUGUUGCACAAGCGUGCAGUUUGACAGCGGCAUCCAUGGAAAAUGCUGAGGAUAGGGUGGCUUUCUGCAACUUCAUCAUCAGCCAAGAUGGUGGGGACUCCUUCAUGCUCAAGCUUUUCGAUGCAUGGCCGUGGCAAUUUGGAAGUCUGCAGCUUAUUGAGACCCUGGACAGCUUCCUGAUCAGUCCCGUGGACAACUUGAUGUGGGAUGCUCAAACAGCGAACAGGCGGGAGUUCGCCGAGAAGUGGCUGACAUUCCUGAUUCGUCAGUUCCUGGAGCCUGCUGCGGAAAGCACCACUUCGAUGCACGCCCUCGGCGAUACCUUGCAAGUCAAGGAUAGCACUUUCCGGCAGAUCCUCCUGACACAGGAAUCCUUGUUGGAGCACUUGGUGUCCAACUUGGUUGUCAGCUUGCUGACGAACAGACAGGAUCAAGCCAGGAUUCGCGCUGCGAUGUAUGCAGCCCUUCACGUGGCUUCAUCCCGCGAGCCGUCGGCUUUGAAGCAUUUGGCGAACCAUGCGCGCUUCGACACACUGGUGGCAUUGGCAGUCGAGAACAUGCAGCUGGCUAUGGAGGAGAUUGGUGAGAGAAAAGAGCACGAUAUCAUCAACGUGCUGACGAUAUUCCUUCAGAAUGAAGCAACCAAGAAAGCAGCAGCUUGGCUGCAGCACCACCAUUUGGCAGCAAAGUUUGUUAUUGGAUACCGCUGCCACGACGGUGACGUCGCCAGGGUCCGCAGGCAUGUUGCCGGCCAUGGUAGCAUAGACAAGCCGCUCAACAAGCUGGCAGCCACGUUCAUGGACGAAGCCCCUGCGAAGCAGAGGUCUGCCGAAGCUGCAGCGCCGGAAAAGGGUCAAAGCAAAACUCAGCUGACCAACUAUAUUCUCAAGGAGCUGACUUCGGGCCCAUCAGACACAUCGUAUUAA